GUGCCCGUAUUAGCUCUCGCAAGUGCCUCUGAGCUAGCUCUCUCGUUCAAGCAGCUUGGUAGUAGACCGUGGUUGAGGGGGGUUCCAGUAGUAACUGUGGGUACUCCACUUCGUGUCGUUAUCCUAACCUGAUUGCAAGAAUUAUAUACAGUGAAUGCAUGGACUGAAAAUUUGUAUAUACCCCAUCAAAAUUUCGAAAAUAAAUGGCGACAGGGAUAAGUGGGAGAAAUAUUGCGGCUGGCAGUUCGCAGCAAUCACUGCCUGGGAGCCCGGAGGAGAUGCGGAUACCCUUGUCUCGCCUGGACACGCACCGUGACCAGCUGGAUAUGGGCUGGAAGAACGAGACUGACAAGAAGAAAGCGGAGGAAACACUCGAGAAAAUGUCUGGAGCUUUUUCUGCUCUCAUUGAGAGCGUGGGGGAGCAGCCGGAGCGAGAAGGGUUGAAGCGUACGCCACUGCGAGCUGCCAAGGCCCUCUGCUUCUUCACAAAAGGCUAUGAAGACAACUUGGCCAGUGUGGUGGGGGAUGGAAUAUUCCAGGAGAACCAUGAGGAGAUGGUGGUGGUGAAGGACAUUGAGCUGUUCUCACUCUGUGAGCACCAUCUUGUGCCCUUCUUUGGCAGAGUCUCAGUGGGCUACCUGCCCCAGGGCCAGGUUCUGGGUCUCAGCAAGGUGGCCAGGAUUGUUGAAAUGUUUAGCAGAAGAUUACAGGGUAAGUUAGGUAACUGCUUCGCAUCCAAGCACCCCCCCUUCCCUCUGUUUAGUCUUUGAGCCUCCACUCUCUGUUUUCUGUAUUUGGCUCAAGGCUUACAUCUAUUGUGUGUUGGGGAGAGUUAAGGUAGUGUUCAGGAGGCUACUCCAGGGAUUCAGUAACACAGCCCCUCUCCCUCAAACUUAUCCUUUUUUGGUUCUUUGUACUAUAUUGUUACUGGCAAUUAGGCUAAGUGCAGCUACAAAUUCCAUACUGCUUGAUUCUGUGACCUUUUCCUCUUCCUUUCCCUCACUUUUCAGUCCUCUCUUCCCACCAAACUCUGGGUGCAGUUGUACUGAGAAGUCUUAGCAGUUUGUAGCAGUUUCCUCCCCCCCUUUAUCCACCCCUCAUCUCACAGUUCAGGAGAGGCUGACUAGGGAGAUAGCUGAGGCAAUACUGAAGGCCAUCAACCCCUCUGGAGUGGGUGUGGUAGUUGAAGCCACGUGAGUCUCCACAAUAAUUUGAGGGUAGCAGCAGUUUUCUUGGUAGACUAACGUAAAGUUUUCUCUUUCAAACUGCACAUUGUCCGGUACUGCAUGAUU